GCUGAGCUUAGAAUCCACAGGUCAAUAUUUGAAGAACGUAAAUAGAAGAGGGGGGAAAUGAGACAGUGGUCAGAGGGACACAAACGCAAGGAACAAAGAUUCACUGCAAAUGGCGACACCUCAGGAAUCAUCCAAAACCGACGCACCACCCCCUUCGCCUGGCACAAGUGGCUCCCUUCCCGCUUUCAAUGAAACGACGCCGUUCGUCGACUACGUUGUUGGCCAAGCCCAGCUCUACCAUGCCGCUCUCAACGACGCCAUCGAUUCUGCCAUCGACGCUUCAAACUCCCGUUUCUCUCAAAUCCGCUCAACUUCUUCCGCUCAUUUUCAACAAACCUUGCUUGCUUUGGAUGAUGUCAAGGCUCAGUACAAUGCUUAUGAGGAUCUUAUGUUCGGAAAGAUUAAAGAGGGUGUUCUUGUUGCUGCUUCACAUCCAAUGAUUACAUGUGGGACCACUGCUGUCUUGGGAGUUUUGGCAUUUAAAAGGCCUCGACGAUUCUUGUAUUACAACACUUUGCGUCUUUUUGUCAGUGAAGAGGCUUUGAUUUCCAGAGCUAGUGCUCAAUUGAAAGAAUUGCGCCAAUCAAUUGAUCUUCUAAAGGCUGAAGGAGAAAAGUUGGAGAAGAGGGCAUUACAUGCAGAAGAGGAAUUCUUACGUGGAAGGACAAAAUUGAGACACGCAGGAAAGCAAAUCCGAAAUGUGAUUCAGUCUGCAUAUAAAAUUGAAAGACGGGUAGGAGGUUUGAAAGAUCUUCUUGGAGAACUUCCUAGAAGAGAUGCAUCUCACUUUAGGUCACAGGUUUCCAAACUUGCUUCUGAGGCAAAGCAAGAAAAGAAGUCCUUGACAAAAGAGAUCUCGAAAAUUAGCAACUAUGGCAUCUCGGUGUAAAACCCUUUCUAAAUUAUUUUGUUGAACUUCAAUGAGUUUUCUGAGAAUGACCAUCAUAUCCGUGAUCUUUCUAGCUUUUAUUAGGAAUAAUAUAAUCCUCCAACCAUGUUUGCUGUGUAUGAGAAUGAGGCCAUCAAUGUUUUUCUCUUUUAUUUUUUGUUUUUUUGUUUUUUUGGUUCCAAUAUCUUAUUCCGAAGUUCACAAGUUGGGGGAGGCCUCAUGCCCAAAGGUAGAAGGGAUUGUUGUUAACUUGCUAUAGGAAAAUUUGUCUCCGAAGUGAAACGCAUUCAGGCUUGUAUACAUAUGAGAAAGCAUAAUGCAGAUUGAUGUGUAAUCUUGAACACACAAACUUUCAAACUUUCUGGUCAAGUGAAUGUGAGUACCUUAAAUACGGUUCCAUUAAGAUAUAGAUAUUGCAAUAUUUUUAAUUUUA